AUGGCCGAAUCUUCUGGCAUGGCUACUGCGGUUGAGAGUUUAGAAGAGCACAAGGGGCUUUUCUUCGACAUAUUUGGGUCGUUCGAUGCCAGUGCUGUGACACCCCGACUGGGCAGACUCCGGGUAAAAGGUCGUCAAGAGCUCGAGACACCAAAUUUCUUUGCCAUUAGUUCUAGAGGGGUGGUUCCUCACCUCACACCAGAUGUGAUCUCAGCAAGCACAACGAUUGGAGGAGUUCAUAUGGCCUUAGAAGACUUUAUAGAAAGGGCAACAAUAGGCACACCGCCGAUAAUGAAUUGUCCAGGAUCAUCGCCUAUUCAUACUUUUACUGCCCUUCCUCGGCCUCUCAUCACACUCCUCGCUCCUCGACGAACUCCUGCAGUUUCAGCUCCCAAAGGCAACAGCGCCACAGCUAUUUCUAUUUUCCCUUCAACUGGAUUUCAGGUUCUCUCAAAUAAAAGCUACAUCUCGUACAUUGCAAAACUGCAUCCGGAUAUCGCUAUUUCGCUUGCCGAUGUCCCACAUGGCUCAAUUCCUGGUUCUAAAAGAGUCGCCAAGAUGGGUGAUAGGACACAAGAAUGGGUCACAGAACUCCUCGACUCUAAAAAUGACGAGCAAGCAGUGUUUGCACCAAUACUGCCCAUAGACUCUCUUAGUCAAUAUGAGUAUCUAAAUCAGCUAGUAGAUGAACUGACUGACGAAAUUUCUGGUCUUGCGUUCUACGACUCGAAUCUUCUUCCCGAUAUGCCAGCCACUACAUCCUUUUCCCGCCUGCCGAGACUAUCACUCGAUGAGCCAUCAUCCCCAUGCCAGAUUCUCAGGCAAGUCUCAUUAGGAAUGGACAUCUUUACGAUCCCAUUCAUUGGUUUCGCCACGGAGGCUGGCAUUGCAUUGACUUUCCGCUUUCCUCGCCCUGUGCUUGACGAACCCUUAGUCUCAGACGGCGUUGCAGGCAGUGUUCUACCGCUAGGAAUUACUAUGUCUUCCAAUGCUCAUGCUGCUUCACUCAAGCCGCUCUCUACUGCCUGUACAUGCUAUACGUGCGCGAACCAUCAUCGUGGUUUUGUACAGCACCUUCUCUCUGCCGAUGAGAUGCUGUCAUGGACACUUCUUCAGAUACACAAUAGCCAUGUUGUUUCCGAGUUCUUCACCUCAAUUAGAGAGAGUAUCAGAAGUGGGAAUUUCGUAGUCCACUGCGACGAGUUUGCCAGAGCAUACGAGAGCGAUUUACCUGAAAAGAGUGGACAGGGCCCCAGGGUCAGAGGUUAUCACUCCAAGAGUGAGGGACCGGGAGAAUUGAAGAGAAAUAAAGCAGCUUGGGGAAACCUGGGAAACUUUGAACACGGUAUCAAUGGCUUGAUACCAACUGAGCCAGCUGGGACUCUGGAGGAUAAGGGCUUUGAUGAGAAGGCAGAUACAUAA